AUGAGCUCAUGGGCCAUUGAGGGGUGGGAGAGCCAGUUCCAGCCUCUGGAGAACCAGUUUCCAGCUCGAGAAUCCCAGUAUCCAACUCAGGAGAACCAGUUUCCAGCUCGAGAUUCCCAGUUCCAGGCUCUGGAGACCCAGUAUCAGCUUCACGAGACCCAGUUUCCAGCCCGUGAUUCCCAGUAUCCGGCUCAUGAGAACCAGUUCACCACCUGCGAUUCCCAGUAUCCAGCGCACGAGAACCAAUUCCAGCCUCUGGAGAACCAGUUUCCAUCUCGGGAUUCACAAUAUCCAGCUCAUGAGAACCAGUUUGCUGCCUGCGAUACCCAGUAUCCAAGCCCAGAAAACCAGUAUCAGGCACUGGACAGCCAGUUUCCAGCCCGUGAUUCCCAGUACCGGGCUCAUGAGAACCAGUUCCCUGCCCGGGAAAACCAGUUCCAGGCUCUGGAAAACCAGUUUCCGGCCCGCGAUUCCCAGCAUCCUGGCCGGGAUUCACAGUAUCCGAACCCUGAGAACCAAUAUCCGAGCCGGGAUUCACAGUACCAGGCACUGGAGAACCAGUUCCCGGCCCGGGAUUCACAGUAUCCUGGCCGGGAGAGCCAGUUUCAGAACCGUGACUCCCAGUUCCCUGCCCGAGACAACCAGUACUCCACCCCGGAGAGCCAGUAUCCAAGCCGCGACUCCCAGUACCAGGCCCAGGAGAACCAAUAUCCUGCCUAG